AUGGCAGAGUGCGGGUUCCCGAUGUGCAUAGCCCUCAGUAUAAUUCCAUUUGUUAACACCGUCACGUACUUAGAAAGAAAACAUCAAUUUCUUCACGAACUUGCAGACGGAUAUUACUCCCCAGGGCCUUAUCUUCUAGCAGAGGGCGUGACGAUUAUGUUCUGCUUUGAUGGAUACCUUCAUGGGAGUCAAUGCCGUUGGAGGCGGUCCGUUCCCCCUGCGCUGCGUUUUCUCGUUUUUCUUUCGCCUUACUUUUAUCUUUUUGAGGGUUUGGCCAUCGCGCUGUAUGAAGACAACGAAGAAAUCUUUUCUGAUGCAGAGCAUGCAUCUCGUUUUGGAUAUAUGUCUUCUAAUGAAAUGUUUUCGUACUUUGGCCUCGCCGGAACAUUUACAAAAACAAAAUUAAGCCCCAAAGAGUGGUUUUGGGUAGCAGAUGUACUUCCUUUAGCUGCCUGUACACUCGGAGUGCAUGCAGUUUGCUGGCUGUACUGGAUUAACAAACGCCUCUACAAAUAA